AUGCCGGGACCGACACUGCCCUUCGGAAAGAAGUCGAAUGCGACUGUCACUGGGGCUGAGAUUCUACGCCUCAUCGACCAACGGUUUGAAGAGUUGGAGGAGACGGUGGCUUUGGCGGGCCUAGUGCCGUACUACUCGUUUGGCGAAUCUACCUGGGACCUGGUGUUUUUCAUUGGCACGGGUGCUCUUGGUCCUGGUGGUUCGUUCCAGACAUGUCUCCUGGCCGUGGUGAAUGUCCUCAUGCAGGUGGUCUUUGUGGCCAUUGCCUAUUUCAACUUCACCACUGCGGAGGUGAACGAUCAGUCCGUGGUGGAUGCCACCAGGUGGAGGAGGUCAUCCGGGCAUUCACUCUCCACCUACAGUGAGUUGGCCAGGGCAUCCUUAACAACACGGGUGUGCAGUCUUGACAAGUCCUUGGAACAAUCCGGAAUUCAGGUGGACCUCUAUGAGAACAUCGACAAGUACUUGAAAGCCGGACGGGAGGGUUUUGAGAGCUACUUCACCGGGCAGAUGCUUUGCAUCGUUGCGCUGAUCUGCUGGUAUUUGAUGGUGGCCAAGGAGGUGAGCCACGCACUGGCUCUGCAUCGGAGCAUCGUAGCGACGCCCACCGGAGCUACACGGAUCGACACACGUGAGAAUCCUUUCACACAGGUGAGGCAUUAUCGGCUGCGCACGGUGGCGAAGCGCCGCAAGGUCUUCAGCUUUUGCCUUUUCACCUACCGUGUGGUGUCAGCAGGUUUGUUGGUUUUUGUGGGCACCUUCUUCCUGGUGUAUACGUUCGAUGUGACGGAACUCAUUUUGAAUGCCGUGGCUUUGGGCAUCAUUUUGGAUAUUGACGAUUUGCUGUUUGAUGCCUUGGCCACUACGCCUGGCCGACAUUUGGUGCAUCAAUUGGACCCUUUGCCCAUGCCAUCGAUGCCACGCCUGAGGGGUGCCGAUGCCAAGUCAGUGUGCAUGUCCAUCUUCAUCCCAGCCCUGACCAUCUUCGUCUAUUUCACCAUGCUAGGACCCAUGGUGGCGACCUUGGAGGAGGUCAGCCUGGCGAUGUGUGGCGGAAACCAAGAUUUCGUUUGGGACCUGGACCCGCGCGGAGUGGUUUUGAUGUCCCCGACCCCCGGUGGUGGCUUCACAGAGGACACCAGUAUCAAGUCCUUGGCUGUGGAUGAAGCGCAAGAGGUUGGUAUUGCACUGGGUGUGAAUGAUACCCAGUAUAGCAUUUGGCUUCAAGACGUGACUCAGCUGUCUGGUGUUGCGGUCUUGACCCUGGCAGAGAGCCUCGAUCUGAACAACCCGCAGUGCAUUGACUUGGCGUCUGACGGGUACCUGACCUACUUGAGGUUCCUCUUGGGGGAUGCCACCAUUCAAGGAUGUGAGGAUGUGAUCAAUGACUGCGGUUCCUUCACCCGGAUGCCAGAGUAUCAGCUGGACGGUGGCAAAGGCUGGGCAGCACGGAUGCUGUGCUCACAGACCUGCGGCUGUCAAGAUCCGGCUAGCGGGCAGAUCUCCGUGCAGGGCUGUCCGUAUGGGGCUGGCCGACCAUGUGCUUCGACGGAAGCGUUUCAGGACUUCAAGAAGCAAGGCGUUUGCAUUGAGAAGAAUGCGUCGAGCCUGCAGGCAAACCCCAACUGGGUUCAAUGGAUCAACUCGAUCAGAGCCUAUGGUGAGAUGUCUGCCGACCUUGCAGGCAAAGCUGAAGCUCUGAAGAUUGCGCAAGCCAUGUGGGAUUACGGCUGUGGCUUUGGUGCAGAAUUGGCUGCCCAGAACGUGUCCUGGGGGACUUGCUUCGGUUGGAACAGCACCUUUGAGUGGGAGUUCAAGACCGUCGAGGCCUUCUGCCCGGUGAGUUGCCAAUGUUCGGCCAAUACAAAGAGCACUGCCUGCCCUGAGCCCUUUGGAUACUCCUGCGAUGAGCUCGAGGCUGCCAGGUGCCUCACUCUCAAUGAUCAUCAUUAUUGUCCAGGACUGUGUGACGGGAAGAUGCGCGUGUGCAGCCCGACAGUUCUUUUCUUUUUCCUGAGCAGCUCCGUUCUAAGAACCUGUGCAACACCUUUCAAGAUUGCACUGAUCUGA